GGGACGCAGUUACCGGGUUGGGCGGGGCCCGCGGGGAGGGGUUGGGGUCUGUGGGUGAGCCCGGGUGCCCCCCGCCCACCGAGGAGAUGGAUGAGGACGGGCUUCCUCUCAUGGGGUCGGGCAUCGACCUGACCAAGGUGCCGGCUAUUCAACAGAAAAGAACGGUGGCUUUUCUAAACCAGUUUGUGGUGCACACGGUACAGUUCCUCAACCGCUUUUCUACACUUUGUGAGGAGAAAUUGGCAGACCUUUCUCUUCGUAUCCAACAAAUUGAAACAACUCUCAAUAUUUUAGAUGCAAAGUUGUCGUCUAUCCCGGGCCUGGAUGAUAUCACAUUUGAAGUGUCUCCUUCAAGUAUCACUCGUGUCACAAAUGGGUCACAUUCUGAAGCCACUUCAGAGCAAUCACAGCAGAACAGUACACAAGACUCUGGACCACAGGAAAGUGAAGUAUCAGCAGAAAAUAUCUUAACUGUAGCCAAGGAUCCAAGAUAUGCCAGAUAUCUCAAAAUGGUUCAAGUGGGAGUUCCAGUGAUGGCAAUAAGGAACAAAAUGAUAUCGGAAGGACUAGACCCGGAUCUCCUUGAGAGGCCAGAUGCUCCAGUGCCUGAUGGUGAAAGUGAAAAAACUGCAGAAGAAAGUUCAGAUAGCGAAUCAUCUUUCAGUGACUAAGCUCGAUUUUGAUAAGAAAUGCAUAUGCGUGUGUAGGGGUACAUUUAUUUACAUUCUAGAAGAAAGCGCGCCUGCCUGUAACUCUUAGUCCUGAAAACAUCAAAUGGCCACAUAUCCACACCAAGCUUCCUCUGUGUUAACAAAAAUAAAGCAUUUAUAACCUA